GAGUUCGAACAAACCAAAAAAAAAUCUGAAACAUCCGAUCCCAUUUUCUCAAAUGGCUUCGCUACCUGUUCAGUUCACCAGGAAUAAUCUAUCUUCGCCGUGUUUUUCCCUAAAACUCCGCCGUGAGCCGAGAUCUUUAGUAACAACAGUACAUUGCUCCGUUGGAGAAAACAGAGGAGAGAAUGGUGUAGGUAUCAAGAAGAGUUUGUUGUCUAUAAAGGAGCUUGGAUGUAUCGCUUGCGCUGCUCUUUGUGCUUGUACUCUUACAAUAGCUUCUCCUGUAAUUGCUGCUAACCAGAGGCUUCCUCCGCUAUCAACGGAACCAGACCGGUGUGAAAAAGCAUUCGUUGGUAACACGAUAGGUCAAGCUAAUGGUGUCUAUGACAAACCGCUGGAUCUUAGGUUCUGCGACUACACAAAUGAUCAAACUAACCUCAAAGGGAAGACUCUCUCUGCUGCCUUGAUGGUAGGUGCCAAGUUUGAUGGUGCUGACAUGACUGAGGUUGUUAUGUCAAAAGCUUAUGCCGUUGAAGCAAGCUUUAAAGGGGUGGAUUUCUCGAAUGCUGUUAUCGAUCGGGUUAAUUUUGGGAAAUCGAAUCUGAAAGGUGCGGUGUUCAGGAACACGGUGUUGUCAGGUUCGACAUUCGAAGAGGCAAAUUUGGAGGAUGUGGUGUUUGAGGACACUAUCAUUGGUUACAUAGACCUUCAGAAGAUAUGUAGGAACGCGACAAUAAACGAAGAAGGUAGACUUGUGUUGGGUUGCCGAUAGAGAGAAGAGAGAAAGAUUUGUUUUGUAUGUGUUAUGUAUUUAUAGAAAUGUAAGAAUUGAGAUUUGACACAAAGAUGUAUGAAAAAUUGAAAACAAAGUAAAGGUUGAAGGAUAGGACUGAGGAGUGUUAUGAGGUUGUUGUAUAAUCAAUUCUUGUAAAUUCUGUAACAAACAAAAGGCAUUUUCUUUGUUC